AGCACCCUGAACGAGGAGGCUACUCGGGAUCAGCCCGGCUGUCAGUAGCUGGAUCAGCGGAGUCCAGACAUGUGAGAGUUGGGCCGCCUUAGGACAAAAGUCGCCGUGGAGCUCCGGACGAGGCGGGGCGACGCGCCGCGCACAUCGUGGCUCUCCGUGCGCCUCCAACAUGCCUCAAGCAUGACAACCAACUGGUUGGGCUGCGUGACAACGGGGGACGACACAGACGAGAGGAAAGUUCCCAAAAACUGGAAGAGAAGCAAGUCGCAGUCGUGACGAAAAAAAAAAACACGGCGAAGAGGAGCGCGCGACGGGUUUAAAGUUUAACGGAGAAGAAGCUUGACGAGUGAGAUUACAGGAUGGCACGCCGCUCCCAGUGUUCCUCUAAUGGGGAUAACCCCCUGGACCCCAACUACCUCCCCCCUCACUAUCGGGAAGAGUACCGCUUGGCUGUUGACCAUCUGAUUGAGGAGGACUUGGAGGGAUACUAUCAGUUCCUCCAAAAGGCAGAUGUGGUGAACUUCCUGUCUCAACCGGAAAUUGAGUACAUUCAGAGCUCGGUUCAGGUCCCUCAGCCGAGACACAAGCCUGAACAACAUUUCCUGGAGCCCGGAGGAGAUAACUCCUCAGACACUUACUGGCCGAUGCACUCUGACCUGGACGCCCCAGGUUUGGACCUCGGCUGGCCUCAGCUGCACCACUUCAUCGGACCGACAGAGGUCACGACUCUGGUCAACCCCCCUGAGCCGGAAAUGCCGAGUAUUAAAGAGCAGGCCCGCCGACUUAUCAAGAAUGCCCAGCAGGUGAUUGCCAUAGUGAUGGACAUGUUUACUGACGUCGACAUGUUUGCUGAUAUUCUCGACGCUGCCAUGAGGAAUGUUGCCGUCUACCUCAUCUUAGACGAGCAGAAUGCACAUCACUUUGUCAACAUGGUGUCCAACUGCAGAGUCAAUCUACAGAACAUUCAAUUUUUACGGGUGAGAACAUUGUCUGGCAUCACGUAUCACUGCCGCUCAGGGAAAUCCUUUAAGGGGCAGAUGAUGGAUCGCUUCCUGUUGACAGACUGCAGGGCUGUGUUGAGUGGGAACUACAGCUUCACGUGGUCUUUUGAGAAGCUCCACCGUUGCAUGGCACACCUUUUCCUUGGACAGCUUGUAUCUACCUUUGAUGAAGAGUUUCGGAUUCUGUUUGCUCAGUCCCAGCCGCUUCUGAUCGACAACUUCACCCCAAUGGAAGAGUUCGGCCUUUCAAAAACCAGGCAAUAUCCAAGUGAUAGAAUACUGCAUAGAGAGCCAAAGGGCUUUCAGAUGCUGGACACCGCUCAUCCGGAGGAGAGACAUCGCUAUGAUGAACGCAUGGAUGUAGAUUGGAGAAUGAUGCCCCUUAGAAAGCAGGAGCCCCUGCACGGCCCUGCAGAUGUGUACAGUAGACUCGAGAAAUCUCGCAUGGAUCCGCCUUUUGACCAUGGCCCGACCAAGAUGCCCAUGAUAGAAAACCUUGCCGCCAAACGUCACAGUUUUACUGAAGACGCUCAUGGUCGAUUCUCUCAUCCAUUUUUGCAGCAGAGAAUGCUAGAGCCUGAGAACAAGGAACGUCAGUCCCAGCGGGGGCAGCAGCCUGGACCAGGUCCAGGAAAAGAAGGCGAUUACAGUAGCUAUGACAAGUUUUGGAACCAAAACUUUUAUACAGCAGAUCAGUACGUUCAACCUGGUUUAUCUCAAGAAGUGGAACCACAUGACAACUUUAACCUUGUGCAUAGCUAUUUAUUAUCUACCAGAAAUGCAGACUAUGACCAGGGCUCAGAGGAAUUACCGCCUGAAGCAAACUUACCUUUUGGGUCACCUCACCCUAGGAGAUCAAAUGUAGGUCAGCCGCAUGCUUGUCAAACAUCUCACACCUCCUCAAGUCUGACUGAUCAGAAGCAGUUUUUACAGGAGUCUAAUGCUGACUGCAAGGAUCCUACGGUGAAACGGGGGCUAAGAAACUGGAGGAUUAGCUCAUACCUGAGUGGAUGUGAAAAUCAAGAUGAAGGUCUUCCGUUGACAUCACCUGAUGCAUCAGAUGCUUUUGAAGAGCCCUCUAAACCCGUACAGCAAGUACAUGUAUCAGUCCCUAAAAGAGAGUUUAAGGUUCCUGCAAUGCCCCGGGCAAGUCAAAUGCCAAGUUAUGCCAAAAUCAAUGUGCGAGAACAGAAAUUGCCAGAUGAACCCACUGCAGUAGCAACAGAAACCAAAACAACGCCGACACCUUCAGAGUCAUCGUCCACAUCAGAAAAGAUAGAGGAGGCAGAGCCAAAAGAACCCCAAACUGCUGUUGUUCGAAGGGGGGAGUCGUUCCGUAGGAAAUACAAUGCUGCUCUACCGAGGGGCUCAAGGUUAAGAUCUUCUCUGAUAUUCAGCUCAAUGGAGCAGCACAAUACUUCUCAAGAUACCAAAACUGCACUGGACCAACAGGAUGAGGAAAGUGACAAAAAUGAGGCAGACCAGACCAAAUUAACUUGUGUUUCUCAAGUUUUCGGACAAAGGAAGUCUAAGGCAAGAGACCCUUUUCAGUGGAGCCGUGACAUGAAGUCAGCUACUUUCCAUAACUCUGCCUCAGACCUAUCCAAACCAGAGAAUGAAAACAGCAAAGAUGAUGAUAAAGAUUCAUCAAAGGAUAAAAAGUCAGAGGUACAAGAAUCACUAAAACCACCGGCCGGAGAGCAAGUUCAGCCAGAAAAGCAACUCAAACCGUUGUUCCCAACUCCACCUUGUGUUGAUAUGAGUGAUCCUGAUGACAGGCUCCGGUUUUUCAAGGAGUUGGCAGCAAAACGCAGAGCCGCUAAGGCUGCAGAAACUGAAAAAAGCAAAGAGAAAGCUCCAAUGAAACCACCAACUGAAUUCAAAAAUAACGCUGCACUUAAAAAGGAAGAGCCUGUACCAAAAGACACCACUGAAAAGAUGGCUGAGGGUAUACUUGAUGGAAAUGAUACUGCAGAGGAUUCAGGGACAACAGCCUCCACAGAGGCACACAAGUCACUCAGUCCAUCUUUAGAUACUGAUGGGGCUAACAAGCAGAACCAUCUGGUCACGGCUGACCCAAAUAUCUCCCACAGCUGUCAACAAGAACAAACCAGAGUUUCACCUCCUUCAGAGACGAGAGAGCUGAAGAACAGCCAAUUAGCAGCGACCAUGCCUGUUUCUGCACAAACAGAGGAAACUCCGAGCAAACCACCCCAGGAGCUCCAUCUGUCCAAUGCUGCUGUCAAACAGAGUAGCCCCAUUCCCCCUCCUACACCACCACCCAUGCACAACUCACCACCAAACGCUACUCCUGCUAGUGGUUCUUCUCUUGCACAAGUUAAUGAUGAAAGUGAAAGGAAAGGCUUUGACCCCACCCCAAAGAAGUCCGGUUCACUCUCCCCCGGUUUAGUUGAGGAAUCGCCAUCCUCCAAAAUUGCUGCAUUUGCUGCUCCUCUGCCACCCGAAGAAGACACAGAACUCAGCACUUCUGACCCAUCGGGCCAAAGCCCUUUUGCUGGUAACACUGUGCAAGAUUCUGGUUCACAGAUAAAUCCAAGUCCGUCCUCCUCUAGCUGUGCAUCGCUUUCCUUCUCAGCAGAGACUAAAUCCCUAGAAGAUUUGAGCUCAACACUAACUUCCAGUACGUUGUCCUUGAAUGCAGAGGCAUCUGUCUGCCUCUCACCUCCAGAAGCCUCCCAGGUGACAUCAUCUGAGACCCUUUCAGCAGCUGAGUCAGCAUAUGUGGGAGAUGAAGUUUCUCCUGAUGAAUGUGCUGGUGGUUCAGAUCUAAUCACAUCCACAUCCCAGUCUAGUGAAAAGAUAGACACUGAACAAUCGUGUGGUCCUACACCUGCAAAACCUGUUCCUGAAUCACAAAACAGCUCUACAAACAGCUCUUCAAAGGGUGAUGGAGAGGAAUCUCUGGAUAUUGGAUCAUCAAAGAAUGUAACAUCUGCAAGCCCGUCUCCUAACCUUAGCCCUUCCUCUGCUGAAUUGUGUUUACCUAAUUUAUCGGAGUUGGAAAGUAAAUCAAUAGAUGCUCAAAAUGACACUAUUACUUCGACCCUCUCCCCAGGUGAGCCUCCACCUGAGCACAGUGCAGCAAAAAGCAGCUCUCCUGUCCCUCCAGACUCUCCACCUAAUGCUGCUCAGUCAGAAAGACAAGCGACACCUCCCUCAUUCCUUAACCUGACAACAUCGGUCUCUCCCCCUCCAAUUGACCCAGAAUCAUGUUCUUCUCCUCUAACAGAGUUUGUUGGAUCCGUUUCUUCCCCUGAGGCUGAAAAAACAUUGACUACAUUGCACAGCCACUCAGAUAGUGGAGGCUUUUCUGAGCAGAUUGCAACAGACUCGACUGAAACGCCAAUGCUUCCAUCAACAGAAACCUCUUUCUCAACAGAGCCCACUCAGCCAAGCAAAACACCUGAAUCUGUGGCUCUUGAAGCCCACCCUCUGGAAUCACCUGUAUCUGCUGAGUGUAGUCACGUCGACCCGCCUGACCCUUAUGAGAUAAAAACUGAUGAUACAGAGGCCACCAUUACGGUAAAUAAAUCUACUAUAGAGGUGUCAGAAUGCAGUGAGAAAACAAAUCAACUAGUUGGACAAAAUAACUGCUCUGAACCGGCGGAGGUCCCAUCAGACGAAGUUGUUCCUGCAUCCCCACAGUCCAAGAUGCCCAAAUCAAGUCAUUCCCGCUACCAAUCAUCCACAGCCAACCUGCUCUCCAGCAGCAACCUCCGAGAUGACACAAAGCUGCUUUUGGAGCAAAUCUCUGCUAAUAGCCAGAGCAGGAUAGAAGCUGCUAAAGAGUGUCCUGUCACUGAUGACGAGAAAGAAGACGAAGCUGACAAAAAUGCCAAAAGAGAGAAAGAAAGAGGGAUGAGGUCACUCAGCAGAGGGCAGCCCAAGACGAGUGAGCAGCGGGAAAAGGCGCUGGAGAAAAUUCAGACCAUGAGGAAGGAGAGGAAAGUUUACAGCCGAUUUGAGAUGGCACCUUAAAUGGAAUCAGUGUCAGCACAGCGUUUGCAGAGAGAAAGAAAGUCAAUUCGAUGCAGAAAAGAUAACCGCUAUUUAAUAGAAAUGGGAUUUCUCUGCUUGUUGACAUUUUGUUAUGAAGAAGCAGAGGACCUGUAUCAGCGGCACAGAACUCUGAAGAGUAAAACUACCAGUAAUACAUCAUCACUUGUGUCAUGGCCAACAAGGUGUGAGAGGGAUCAAAUACGGUAUCACUGACUGGAUGGGUCAAGUGCAAUGUUUGCAACGGGUUGGGUCUCUGAUGAGGUCUGACCUUAUUACAGCCACGACAGCCAUUACAUUAGUUGGAACUCUUUUUAUGACAUAAGGUGUUUAUAUAAAAGGAUAAAUAAAUAGAUCACACGAAGUACUCACUGUUAUAUACUGUUUAUAUUGUACAAUUCCACAACCGUGGUAAUCACAUGUUUGUGAAGCUUGUAAGUAUAUAUAUCUAUAUAUAGAUAUAUAUAGAUAUAUAUACAAUGGACAUGGAACUGAAAAACUAGGUUGUGCAUAAAAAACAAACGUAAGGAAGCUAUUUCUUUUGUGUUUGAAGCCGAAGCUCUCAGAUUGGCUAGAUGCCAAAGGGUUAAGUGUCUAUAUAGUUAUUUGCUUUUUUAAUAAAAACUGUACAUCCCUGUACACUGAAACAAGUCGUUCCCAAACUGCAAAGAUUAUACCCUUGCCAUAUGUAAAAGGAAUGUGUUUUUCUGUCUUCUGUGCCUGACUCUGAAAAAAGUGUUCUGUCCAUACAGGCAUUUUUCAAAGCAAAGACGUUUUGACUUGUCACAAUAUGAAAAGUGGAGGUGUUCCAGUAUGCCAGUAGGCCAUGACGCUGUGAGCGUGAGGCAGCAUGAACAAACCCGGGACCCUGAAGAAGGAUCAUUUGUUUUAUUACUUACACCUCUGCUUGUCCUGUCGAGACAUGUCCAAAUGUCUUCUGUGGUAUAAGCCGUCCCUAAAAUGGCAUCUAUUUCAUGUUCUGUAAAAGAAAUCACAUCGCGGGAACAUCAUUUUUUUGCCAAAAUAAGACAGGAAUGUCAUUUUUAACAUGUUCAGGGGAUUUGUGUAGUGAUUAAAAAUCAGCUCUCCGAUUUGGA